AGUUGGCAAUAAUUUGGCAUGGAGAUCUGGUUGAAGGGGAGGGACAGAAGGAGGGGAGAGACAGGAUCUUUUUCUCAACUCUGUCUCUUGCUCCCUGAGUUGUAGGCACCUUGACUUGCCUCCUACAUUCACUGGAUUCCCUGCCGGUGUCCAGGGCCCCCAGACGGGACUGAACAGCCUGAAGGAGAUUCUGGUGAGCUGGGUAGCAUAUCUGCUGAUGCAGAGCCAUAUGCUCUUCCCACACACACUGGCGUAAAGCCGGAGCAACUGCACCAGUUUCUGCACUGUUAUUCUGGACUGGCAUUGGUGAAAAUGAGAGCAGGAUCCAGUCCUGUGCCCUCCUUGCUCCUGUCACUGUCCUCCAUGGCUCUCAUGGAGCAUAUGCCUUGAAAAUGCCCUGCAGCAGCAUGUCACAAGAGCCAUGGGGAAGAAAGCAGCAAAGGAGGUUAAGUCCAAUGGGGUUAUCAUGGUGCCUGAAGAGCCAGAAAAGGAGCAAAUGGAGGAAAGAGGCCAGUGGAGUAACAAAGUGGAAUUUGUGUUGUCCGUGGCUGGGGAGAUCAUUGGCUUGGGCAACGUCUGGAGGUUUCCUUAUCUCUGUUACAAAAAUGGAGGUGGUGCUUUCUUCAUCCCCUACCUCAUUUUCUUGUUUACGUGUGGGAUUCCUGUGUUCUUCCUGGAGACUGCUCUGGGGCAGUACACCAGUCAGGGAGGUGUCACUGCCUGGAGGAAGAUUUGCCCCAUCUUUGAAGGAAUUGGAUAUGCCUCACAAGUCAUUGAAUCCUAUCUGAAUAUCUACUACAUUGUCAUUCUGUCUUGGGCUCUCUUCUACCUGUUCAGCUCCUUUGCUGCUGUGCUACCCUGGUCCAACUGCAAUAAUCCUUGGAACACAGACCUGUGCGUGGAUUUCCUGAAUGCCUCUGGUUCAGAGAACUGGACAGCACCAGCCAACGCUACCUCCCCAGUUAUUGAAUUCUGGGAAAGACGAGCUUUGGGGCUCACUGAUGGUAUUCACAAUCUGGGUAACCUGCGCUGGGAGCUGGCGCUCUGCCUCCUGCUUGCAUGGAUCAUUUGCUACUUCUGCAUCUGGAAGGGAGUCAAGUCCACAGGCAAGGUAGUUUACUUCACUGCCACAUUUCCCUACUUGAUGCUUAUUAUCUUGCUUGUUCGAGGGGUCACUCUGCCUGGGGCAUUGGAGGGGAUCAAGUUCUACUUGAAUCCAGAUGUUUCCAGGCUUAUGGACCCACAGGUGUGGAUGGAUGCAGGCACUCAGAUCUUCUUUUCUUAUGCCAUCUGCCAAGGGUGCCUGACCGCUUUGGGCAGCUACAACAAGUAUACUAACAACUGUUACAGGGACUGCUUCAUGCUAUGUUUUCUGAACAGCGCCACCAGCUUUGUGGCUGGCUUUGCCAUUUUCUCUGUGUUGGGCUUCAUGGCACAAGAACAGGGCGUGCCCAUUUCAGAAGUGGCAGAGUCAGGUCCUGGCCUAGCAUUCAUUGCAUAUCCAAAGGCUGUAACAAUGAUGCCAGUGUCUCAGCUCUGGUCCUGCCUCUUUUUCCUUAUGCUGAUCUUCUUGGGACUGGACAGCCAGUUUGUCUGUGUUGAGAGCUUGGUGACAGCGAUCGUCGACAUGUACCCAGAAGUGUUCCGUAGGAAAGGGCGCCGGGAGCUGCUGAUCCUGUUCAUUGCAGUCAUAUGCUACCUGCUUGGCCUGAUGUUGGUCACCGAGGGUGGGAUGUACAUAUUUCAGCUGUUUGAUUAUUAUGCUGCCAGUGGCACUUGCCUACUGUUCCUAGCCAUUUUUGAAGUCAUCUGUGUAGGGUGGGUAUACGGUGCUGAUCGUUUCUAUGAUAAUAUUGAGGACAUGAUUGGUCACCGGCCAUGGCCUCUGAUCAAAAUAUGCUGGCUGGUUUUCACCCCUGGUGUCUGUCUGGCGACCUUCCUGUUUUCACUGAUCAAGUACACACCUCUUAAAUACAACAAUGUCUACGAAUACCCUCCAUGGGGCUAUGCUUUGGGCUGGCUGAUGGCUCUCUCUUCCAUGAUAUGUAUACCACUCUACGCCAUUUUCAUCCUCAUGAAAACCAAGGGAUCAUUAAAGCAGCGGCUAAAACAGCUUACUUCUCCAGCUGAGGACCUGCCACAACCAAAGAAACACUUGGUUGAGUUGCAUGAAGCACAGGAGACUUCUCAAUCAGGAUACAAGAGCUUGUACCCUUCAGCUAAGGAAGUGUUUGUGACUACAGAGAUGGGAACUCGCUUUUAAGGCACACAGGAGAAGACAAUUUCUUAAUCUAGAGUGAUUUAUCCUUGCAUUCCUUAAAUGGCCUCUCUUCACACCAAGGGGAUGCACUCUUCAAUUCUCUUCCUCACACCUGAGACAGGCAUUCCGGGUGCAGAGUUAAUGACCUUGGGACACCCUUCUCCCUCCCUACUUUUACUUCACACUUAAUUGCACAGACUGGGGGUUGCAGUUCUUUUGGUAUCCCUGCCUUCUGCCCUGGAAAAAAGCAACGUGGCUUUACCAGAGACAGUACAGCCUGGCACUGAAAAAAGGAAUAGCACGUAUAGAAAAUGGCAAAAAAAUAAAGAAGAAGUUGAAGAGUUAAAGACAAGUUGAAGCAGUCAAAGGGAAAGGCACAAAAUGUGAGGGUGUUAGCAAAGGGAACAAGCUAAAUGGUUUAUAAGUAUGUAUGAAACUAGAGCUGACAAAAGAAAGCACUCAGGUAGGUCACCAACACACCAGGCAAGGAGAGCCAAUAGCAUAUCAUAAGCUCCAAUAAAGGAGGCUGCAGUACCAAGUAGGUGUUAGGUUUCCGUUGUCAAUUUUAAAGGCUAAGACUGACAGGAUGCUUAAUAUAAUCAUAGUUACUGAAGAAAGGGACAGAGCUCAUGGCAGUCUCAGGAUGUAACAGGAUGAAGAGCAUAUAAGUGACUCUCACUUAUUCAGAUUAACACGGCUCAGUGACAAUUCGUUCUGUAGAGGAAUAUUAAAAACAUUAGCAAUUCCUUAGGGGAUCUUGUGGAGCAGUCCAGGCACAGUUCCAGACGAUGGCGAAGAGUGAACGUAGUAUGUCAUAGACAGAAGGCACGCCUGGGAUUACACCCUAGGGAGUUUAACUGUGCUUCCCGGCCAGUUUGUAGAUGAAUGACUGAAGCAGUUAGCAGGCCCACUCUGCUACUGCAUUGCAGCUUGAGGACAAAGUGACCCCACUACAGAAUAGGAGGGGUCUCUACCCCUUCUACCGCAAUACGUGAGGUAUUGUGACAUUGGAGACCUGGGCAGGACUUGAGACUAGCUAAGGGAAAAUAGGGCAAUAAAGACUAGGCAAGAUGAGUUAACCCGAAACAGAUAGUGUCAAACAAUUUUUUGUUUAUUUAAUACAUUAGCACAUGAGAAGAUGCCUUAGCCUUGGAGGUAUUUCAGUCUGAAUAAGGCAUUUGUUACAGUUCCACAUGGCAUUUUCCUAUGGAGUCUGUGCAUUUAAAUGGAACCUCCAUAA